AUGAUGACGAAGAGGCCAGCUCCCUUUCUGCUCGUCGCGAUUGCUGUCGUCGCCAUCAUAUCCGCCGUCGCCAAAGCAGCAGCACUCGCCGGCGGUGAAUGGCUACCGCUACAGGAUCCAAAAGCGAAGCACGUGAAGGAUAUGGCUGAGUUCGCGGUGUCGGUUCACAACGAUGAGUAUCUCAACGAUCCACUUGACCUUUACCGCGUGGACGGCGGCGAGUACCAGAAACUCUCCGACGGCUCGACGAACUACCGGCUUCGUGUGGUCACGGUCGGCGACGAGUCGUCCCUGCACCCGUCGGGGAUUCAAAACUGGACGGCGAUCCUCCACGAGCUGCCCUCCGGCGAAGUGCAACUUGUGUCGUUUGAACAUUGA